GAGAGAGAGAGAGAGAGAGGAGAGAGAAAGAAGAGAGAGCGAGAGGAGAGAGAAAGAAGAGAGAGAGAGAGAGAGUCUUCUUCAAAAUCUCCUCGUUCUCCCCUUUCCCAUUUUGGACUCCCCUCUCUCUCUCUCUCUCUCUCUCUCUCCUUCCUCUUCUUCUUCUUUAUCCCCUCCACAUUUCCCCUCUCUCUCUCUCUCUCUCUCUCUCUCUCUCUCUCUCUCCAUCGCCUCAUCACCACCAUCUCUCUAUCUCUCUCUGAGAGUAUGAAGUCGCCGCUUCGGAAGCUCCGAGGGUUCGGGUUCCAGCAACACCACCACAGGGAGAAGAAGGAGCUCCGGGCCCCCGCGAAGCUCGACGACCUAGUCCAUGCUGAGCAGGAGAUGCAGGAAAUGCGGGGCUGCUACGAUAGCUUGCUUUCUGCUGCAGCUGCCACUACAAACAGUGCAUAUGAGUUCUCAGAAGCGUUAGAGGAAAUGGGUUCAUGUUUGCUUGAAAAAACUGCAUUGAAUGACGACGAAGAUAGCAGUAAGCUCGUUUUCCCCUCAAGUAGUAGUGUUGUGUGA